GGGAGGGGAAGCUAGGUCUCGGUAAAGGGGAGUGAGAGGACAGUGGUGUCUGUCCGAGCUUCUCUCGCCAUGAUGGCUGUGCCUCUGAGGUCCCUGAGUCGGGGCUUGGCGAGCGCAGCCAAGGGAGACCACGGAGGAGCAGGAGCUGGCACCUGGCGCCUCCUGACCUUCGUGCUGGCGCUCCCGAGCGUGGCCCUCUGCACCCUCAACUCCUGGCUGCACGCGGGCCACCAUGAGCGCCCCCAAUUCAUCCCUUACCACCAUCUCCGCAUCCGCACGAAGCCCUACUCUUGGGGGGACGGCAACCACACUCUCUUCCACAAUCCCCACGUCAACCCUCUGCCCACCGGCUACGAACGGCCCUGAGGCCCCUUAAAGGUGCGGAAGCCGCUCGUCCGCAGGAGCCUUGAGGACCGCGGGGUGGGCGGUGCGCUCCCCGUGGCGCAUGCGCACAAUGCGGUCUGCGCUCCUGCUCUCCCCAAGGCCUGAUUCGGGAGGGACUGGGGGGUGCGCAUCCUUGAUGAACACGUUGGGGAUCCCCUCUCCUCCUUGUUCACCUAAUAAACAGGGCUCUGGGCUCUAAACGGCUUUCA